AUGGCAUCAAAAUCUGAGAGAACUCGAUGUAUAACUUGUGACAAAGAAAAACGUGCUGUUAGAUGUGAAGGUUGUUAUCAAUUAUUCUGUUACGAACAUUUUACAGAUCAUCGACAAGCGUUAAGUCGUCAAUUAGAUCAAAUUGAAGCAAGUCGCGAUCUUUUUCGACAAAAAUUUAAUGAACAAGCUAGUCAUCCACAAACAUCAUCAUCAUCAUCUCAUUCACAAGUACAUUUAUUAAUGAGACAAGUUGAUCAAUGGGAAGAAGAAUCAAUUAAAACUAUUCAACAGACUGCAAGUGAAUGUCGACAAUUAUUAAUACAAAAUACAUCAAGAAGUGCUCCUCAAACUGAAACAAAUUUAGCUAAAUUAACUGAAGAAAUCAGACAAACACGUAAAGAAAAUGAUUUUAAUGAAAUUGAUUUAAAAAAAUUUGAUGAACAAUUAAAACAAUUAUCAAUCGAUAUUGACAAAUCAUCACAUAUGACAGUUCAACAAAGUUCCACAACACUCAUUAAAAAACUUAGUGUUGUCAUAUCAGCUAGAAAACUUCUUUCUACAACAAGUAUUAGUAAUAAUACAAAAUGGAAACAAUAUGCAGUGACUGUUGCUGGAGGAAAUGGUGAAGGUAAUCAAUUGAAUCAACUCUCUCGUCCAUAUGGAAUUUAUAUUGAUGAUGAAGAUCAAAGUAUUUAUAUUGCUGAUCAAUGGAGUCAUCGUAUUGUUAAAUGGAAAUCUGGUGCAAGUCAUGGACAAGUUGUUGCUGGUGGAAAUGGAGAAGGAAAUCGACUUGAUCAAUUAAAUCAUCCAACAGAUUUAAUUGUUGAUAAAAAUAGUGAUUCUCUUAUUAUUUGUGAUUGGGGAAAUAGACGUGUGGUACGAUGGCCUCGUCGAAGUGAAGCAGAUCAACAUAUAGUCAUUUCUAAUAUUGAUUGCUUUCGUAUAGCUAUAGAUAGUACUGGAGAUUUAUAUGUUGCUGAUUGGAAAAAGAAUGAAGUUAGACGAUGGAAAGAAGGAGAUUCAGUUGGUAUAGUUGUAGCAGGUGGAAAUGGCAAAGGAAAUAAUGCCAAUCAACUCAAUGGUCCUACUAGUAUUUAUGUUGAUGAAGAACAUUCACUUUAUGUAUCGGAUCAUCAUAAUAAUCGCAUCAUGAAAUGGAUGAAAGGUGCUAAAGAAGGUAUUUCUGUUGCUGGUGCAUAUGGUCAAGGAAAUAGUCUUACACAAUUAUCAUAUCCUCAAGGAAUAACUGUCGAUCAUUUACAUAAUAUUUAUGUCGCUGACUCUGGAAACGAUCGAAUAAUGCGUUGGUCGAAAGGAUCACGAACAGGUAGUGUUAUUGUUCGUGGACAUGGUCAAGGAGAAAAACCAAAUCAGUUUAAUUGUCUUGGAAGUGUAACAUUUGAUCGAAAAGGUAAUCUUUAUGUUGUCGAUAGUUGGAAUCAUCGCGUGCAAAAAUUUGAUGUUGACUCAAACUGA